GUUUCUAAAACAUGGCUACGACUAGCUCACAACAAAACACAACCGACUGACUGUCCCGUCCGUCCGUGGGUCUGUGGGUCGACACUCUUCAGUUGACACCAGAAAAUGAAGCGAAGGCAGCAAAUCUCGCAGCAUGUCUCGGAUUCUUAGCGCGUCACAAACCCGUCACGCGUGAAGUGAGGGAACACCGUUAGCUCAACUCCAGCUAGCUGUCAACUGCUACAAGUGAGGCAAGGUUAAGAAGAUACCAGCUGAUAACUUUCUCCAUGGGUCUCAGAAUAGCAUCCUGGUGGGAGAAAUUGCGAUAAAGUCACUGGUAAACGUGAAACUGUAAACAAUUAUUUAAAGACACACCAUGGAUUGGCUUAUCCAAGCAGUUGAGAGAGAUCUAGGAGUUGACAGACGGCAGCAGGGUCAGGGGCUCCGUCCAGGGGAGCGUGUUGCUUUGGUUCCGACUCGCUGGGUGAUGGGCCUCAGGGAGAAAAGGGUCUUACGCUGUGCCCGAUUUGAAAGCGGCAGCACGACAGAAAUCUCUACACACCUCUGUUCAUCACAGACAAAGUUGCCACCUGGCUGGACACGAGUAUGCAUUCAGGGUCUGAGGAAGAGCAAGUUAAGCUACAGUUUGGCCAGAGAUCCAUGCCAUCAUGAAAUGGAAGUGCUCCCACAGGACUCGUAUGUUAAAACCAUGCAAAGUGUGUCACAACUUAAUGUCAGAAAUCUGUGGCGGGAAGCUCAUUACAAGCUUGUGCAGCCAUAUACAGGGCCCAGUGAGCAGAUGCAUAUUACCGCUUUGGAUGCAGUACGCCAUGCACUGGAGAAGCUCUUCAAUUUGACAUUUUUCUCAGUAGACAAAGUUUCACCUUCUUUGUCUCCAGCCAGAGAGAAGGAAAAAGACAUAUUUUUGCCAACAAGCUCAUCCAGUUUUUCAAAGUCUCAGUCGGACAAUCCUUGUCCUAAUGUCCUGCCCGCAGAGUGCCUGCUGGAGACAGCAGAAAUGAUUUAUGUCAUUCUACCCUAUACUCAAUAUUCUCUUCAGGAUAUUGUGUCCUUCAGCCCAGCAAAGCUUGCCAACAGUCAUGCCAAAGUCUUGUUCAUCAUCUACCAGGUGCUGGUAGCUAUGCGGGCAUGCCAAACAGCAGGCCUUUCUUGUGGAGAACUGUCUCUUCAGGACAUAGCAGUAGAUGAACAGCUCUGGAGCCAUCUCAAACUCAACCUUUCUCAUUAUGAGGACCUGGGGUCAAAAGAAGAGGCGGGCAGUAAUGAUAGCUUAAACCAAGUGCAGAGACAUGCAGAAAAUAAAUGUGUGAGCCAAAAGAAUGAUCGACUGUGUAAAGACUGCUUUGAUGAGCUGAAGACACUGGUUCUGGAUUGGGUCCAUGGACGAGUCAGUAACUUCCAUUACUUGAUGGAGCUAAACAGGUUAGCUGGACGGCGGAAGGGGGACCCUAACUAUCACCCAGUUCUGCCUUGGGUUGUGGAUUUUACUGUCCCGUUUGGAAAAUUUCGGGAUCUCAGGAGGUCAAAGUUCAGGCUAAACAAAGGGGACAAGCAGUUAGACUUCACAUAUGAGAUGACCAAAGAGGCGUUGGCAGCUGCUGUGGGUAAUGGAAUUGGUGUAGGUGGUACAGGUGGAGAUCUCAGCAUUGGUGUUGGAGGUGCUGGACAAUCUGAACACCUACAUGUACCUCACCACAUAUCUGAUGUGCUGUCAGACAUUACUUAUUAUGUGUACAAAGCCCGGCAAACACCCAAGUCAGUCCUUUGUAGCCAUGUUAGGUCACAGUGGGAGCCAAAUGAAUACCCAGCCACAAUGGAGCGCAUGCAGAGCUGGACUCCUGAUGAAUGCAUUCCAGAAUUUUACACAGAUCCUUCCAUUUUUCGCUCAAUCCACCCAGAUAUGCCUGAUCUGGAGGUGCCUUCUUGGUGCAAGUCGUGUGAAGAGUUUAUUGAUGUCCAUCGGGAUCUUCUGGAGAGCAGAGAAGUUUCCCAGCAUUUGCAUUCCUGGAUAGAUCUUACAUUUGGCUAUAAGCUUUCAGGUAAAGAAGCCAUCAAGGCUAAGAAUGUUUGCCUGCACCUUGUGGACAACCACACUAACCUAACUACCUAUGGUGUAGUUCAACUGUUUGAUCAGCCUCACCCACAGCGCCUAUCUGCUUCCCAGUAUGCCCCAGCAGAACCGCCUAUUCUUAGCCUUGCUGCUCUUAAUGUGCCUUCUCUAAGCAUCCCUACCGUUGAUUCUGUUGUUGACACUGUGGAUGGAAUGAUACCAGAAUCCAAAGGAUGUGAGUCCUGGACCAUGACCGAUAAAGAUGAAGACCUUGAACAGGGUACAGAAGCGAUAGACUCAUUAACAUCAACUGGCUCAUCAACUCCUGCAUCUUGCCCUGUCACUCUGCCGACCAUUGGUGCAGCGGCUGGCAAAAUUGGUGGAGCAAUUACAUCUCAGUCUCCAACUCCAUUGUCAAGUGAUUUCUCAAGUGUGAUAGGUCCUGCUUUACGGAGUGCAGUGUUACAAAAAGGUGGACCGAUGAACAAAAAACAUGGGGAAAAUGUUACCACUGCAAAUUCAGAAGAAGUCAAGAUCAUUCUCCCUGAAGGUUUUAACCCAUUGCAACCUUUAGAAGAGCUGGAGAAGUUGAAUAAUUUUUUGGUAAAAAGUCUUCAUGCUGAAGUAUUGCACCCUGCAACAGCUAGUAGCUCCAUAGCUGAGGGAUUUAAAGCUGAAUCUGGACUUUGUCUCACUAACCUCUACCAAAGGGAUGUGCAGGCACUUGGGAUUCUCACUGCAGAGAUAUUUUAUGCCUCCAAACUUAGAGGACUAAGAGCAGACACUCCACUCAGACAGCGUUUCCAGGCCAUCAUUAAACUGUGCUCUUCAAACCUCCGUGAUGUGCCACUGUCUUUGCACCAUGCUCUUGAGACUUUGCUGCUAUUGGAGAAGCACUCCAGAGUGGCAUACAGCAAAGAACCAGAUUGUCCAGAGCCUCUUGUUUUCAAGUAUGACCCUAUCUAUGAUGGUCUCCCUCCUCCAAGCCCUCACCAGCUAUUGAACUCCAUUAUCAGUCCAUUCCCUUUCCCUUCCUAUUUUGCUGCACUUCAUGAUUUCAUCUUCUAUUACCAUGCCAAUAUGGGUGCUGUGUGUAGCCUACAGGGAAGAGACAUUGUCUUCCAUCUGUGGCAGCAGCUUGACAAAUUGCUGUUGAGUGACAUCACUGCCGAAGGUCUUGAGAUUCUCUUGCCCUUCAUUCUAGCCCUCAUGCUUGAGGAAUCCACUGCUGUCUAUGCAGCUUGGUACCUUUUUGAGCCCAUAUCUGCAGUCCUUGGUCCCAGAAAUGCAAAUAAAUACUUACUAAAGCCCCUGAUCAACGUCUAUGAAAACCCUCACUGUCUCAAAGGGCGAUUCUAUCUGUACACUGACUGUUUUAUCCUUCAACUGAUAAUGAGACUUGGUCUCCAGGCCUUUCUCUCCAGCCUGCUCCCUCAUGUGCUACAAGUCCUAACUGGCUUUGAAAUCUCAGGCCCUGGUGGAGAAGGUUGUAAAGGAUUGAGGACUGGCAUUUGUAACAUAGGAGAGGAAGAGGAUGAGGAUUUUCAUGUUGGCAAGGAGCGGUCAUCAUCUGCGUCUGUUGGUGGCAACAUGGGGAGCAGCAGUGGUGUUGGUGGAGGAGUUGGGCUGGGUGGAGACAGCGGACUAGUUGACUACUCCUCUGGCAUCAGUCUCAACGACCAAGUUUUUCUUUCAGAAGCUGAGGACUUUCAGAAUGAGUUCUAUGUCAACGGUGGAGAAGGAGUUGGUGCUGGGAAGCGCCAGAGCUCUUCAGCCAAAGAUCAAGAUCAGGAAUCUUUAAGUGUGGGAAAGUUAAGUGACAAAAGCAGCACAAGUGAACUCUCUCUAGGUGAUGACUCAAUGCGGGAUAGAGCGAGUCUAAAAUCUGCAGAUAGUAGCCAGGAUUUAAAACAUGCUAGUGAGGGAGAGGAAAGUGGUGAAUUAGAGGAAGAAGAGUUAGCUGGUGACAGUAAGGAGGGGAUUGAUAUACCAGCUGCCCAAAACCUUGAUCUAACAGAUUCAGGUACCACUUUCACGACUCUUCAGGGAGACACUAUUAAUGGAUUGAGGCUUGGUGAGACUGAAAAAGGAAUUGUGGGUACUCAGGAAGAUGAGGAAGACGACAGAGAUCCUUCAGAGGAAUCUGAGGAGAAAGAGCAAAAGAUUCUAUUAGAUACAGUCUGCAAAACAGUGCGAUGGCUAUCAGCAAAACUCGGACCAACUGUGACAUCCCGAUAUGUUGCUAGAAAUUUGCUGCGGUUGCUCACAAACUGCUACGUUGGACCUGAAAACCACCAGUUUGUGUCCCCUUCAUUGGUUGGGAGCCAGUUGGAAAGUGUGGGAAUGGGCAGUGUGUAUGAGAAAAAACCUGUAGUUGGUGAUCAAACAGCAGGACCUGUUUUAGACUGUCUCAUCUAUAUAGCUCAACUAUAUGGAGAGCCUGUUCUCACCUACCAGUACCUGCCUUAUAUAGGAUAUCUGGUGUCUCCACCAUCUUCACAGCGUCUCAACACGCGUAAAGAAGCAAGUCUUCUUGGAGCUGUAGCACUUACCCAGAAGAUCAUUGUUUUCCUCUCAGAUACCACACUAAUGGACAUGCUUAUGAAGCUGAAUCAGGAUGUGCUCCUUCCACUUUUAGAUCUUAUUACCACGCCACAAAUGGGGUUCCCCAGCGGUGUUCAGACUCGCACUGCUGUGUGCCUCAAGAUGCUGAGCCUAAUGGCUCUCAUCUGUCUGCGCAUUGGGAGGGAGAUGGUACAAAUGCACAUGGCUGACACUUUGUGUCGCUUCUUUUCUGUUUUUUCUCUGGUGCAUUCUCUACAAUCACAGCUGAGUCAUGCCCCUCGGAGGGUUGUUGGAGAAGUAACAAUGGUGGAUGUUUGCACACCAGAGGGGUCAACUGCAACAUAUGAGAUGGGGGUCCUGGAGGAGUUGCAGACAGUUUUUAACCCUGAGAUGGCCCAUGCCUCUUACAUCCCCUUCUAUUGUCUCAUAGGUGACUUUGCCAUUCGAAAACUUGUCCCAAAUCAUGAACUGGUCUGGCAAUUAGCCCAGUCCUAUCAUCAGAGUGUGAGUCAGGGACCUGCUGAGACCAGCCUCACCUCAUCAUCCAGACUAGAACCAACAUCAUCCUCUGGCCUUAGCAGACAAGCGGUUUGUAAUCCAUUCCCUGCCCCCACACACAACUCCACGACAGACCCCCUCCCUGAGUCGGGUACAUUUGGAAGCCACCUGGUUGGAAACCGAAUCCAAGUGUCUCGUGACAAUGAAUUUGAUGCCAGCACAAACCACAGUUUAGCUGGCUCCUGGGGACGCUCCAGCCAUACAGCUCCCAUCAUCACCACUGCCUCCACAUUUUCCACUCCCUCAACAGGUGUUUCCUCCUUCUCCUCCUGGAUAGCAGGCCCUUCUCCAGAGGACAGUGCCCUAAAGCAAGACCUUCCUCGUAGUAGCCGAUCUCUACAGGGCAACUGGUUAGCCUACUGGCAGUAUGAGAUCGGUAUUAACCAGCAAGAUUCACAUUUCCACUUUUACCAAAUCCGACUUCAGAGCUUCUUAGGUCAUUCAGGCACCAUAAAGUGUUUGGCACCACUUGUGGGAGAAGAUUACUUCAUAUCAGGGAGUAAAGACAAGACUGUGAAGCUUUGGUCCCUUUAUAAUCACGGUGAUGGCACACAGGAGGUGGAACCUCGGCUGACAUACAGCGAACAUCGAAAGUCUGUCUUCUAUGUAGGACAGCUGGAGUCCUCACAGGAAGUGGUCAGCUGCGACGGCACCGUGCAUGUGUGGGACCAAUACACAGGCAAGCUCAUCCGUUCUUAUGAAGCUGUGGAUGGGAAGAAUCCAAUUACAGCCGUCACCACAAUGCCAGCUCCACAGUCCAGUGUUGUGUUUGGCAGUGCAGAUUCUGUUCUCCGCUUCAUUGAUCCUCGAAAACCUGGAUUGCAGCAUGAAUUUCGACUGGCAUAUAACAAUGUUAGCGCUGGGCUCAUCCGCUACCUGGCAGUAAGCCCCUCAGGACGCACAGUAGCUGCAGGUUUCUCCUCAGGAUUCAUUGUUCUGCUAGACGCACGCACUGGACUUAUACUGAGGGGCUGGCCAGCUCAUGAAGGAGAUAUUCUGCAAAUGAAGGCUGCAGAGGGAAAUCUGGUGAUCAGCUCUUCCACCGAUUACUCCCUGACUGUGUGGAAAGACCUUGAAAACAAGCCUCUCCGCCAGUACAAGUCACAGUCCGACCAUAUCCACGCCUUUGACCUUUACGGUUCACAGAUCGUAACCGGAACUGUGGCUAACAAGAUCGGGGUGUACUCUAUGGCUGAUAUCUCCCUGAGCCCUGUGAGCAGCACAAAGCUGAGCACGGAAAACUUCCGCGGCACUAUGACCAGCCUGGCUGUGCUGCCCACCAAGAGGCUUCUGCUGCUUGGCUCCGACAACGGUGCCAUUAGACUACUAGCCUAAAAUGGUAGCUUCUAGCUGCACUAAACUCUCUUUCCAUUGAUCUCGGCUGUCUUUUCAAUGGAGGAGACGAUGUCUGAGCUGCCAUAUUGGGCAUAUUGGAGUCACACGUUGGGUCUCGGGUUUAAGUUGCCGUCCUUUUUCAAGACGGCAUCACUAGUUGCACCAUUAUAGAAGCUCAGCAUUUGCAGAAUCGUGUAAAUCUGCCAACUAGCACAUAAUUUAAUGGACCGAAGGUGUUCCACACUGCUGACAUUCAUCGUGUACACUGCUAUGUCUGUAGAUAUAUACUAUAUAAUAACUCCUGUCUCGACUAGGUCAAUUGUUUUACCCAGGUCAGCUUUUUGUUGUUUAUAAAAAAAAAAAAAGAAAAUUGGGAAAAUAUGCUCAGGAAGGUCUUAUGUAUUGUUUAAACUUUUCCAAAUAGAUGCUUAACAAAACCAAAAAAAUUCACCAACCUCACCUGCCAUUUUCCUUAAUGAUGACGAGUCUACUCAAAUUCAGAUGCACUGAUGAAACUAUGCAGUAUUUCUAACGAAAAUGAUUCCAGUUAUUGUGACUCCAUGUUUUUUAAGAGCUGUUUCAAAGCAGUAUGUGUAAACAUCUCAAACAAUAAACGUACACUUGCUGUUAGAAUGACGGUAUUGGCGUGCCUACUCAGAGGAGAGACACUGGGGUUGUCACCCCAGAGAAAAUGUCUGCUACACAGCGUUGAUGUCUACUGCACAAUGAAUUGUACCAUUUAGAGUCUUGCUCUGAUUUUUAAUACUGAAUGUUUUUAUUUUACAACUAGGUUGAAAUCUCUUCAUCAUUUUGAAGACAAUGUGUUGGCCCUGUAGCAAAAUUGUAUGUAUGAGAAAGUGUAUGUGUGGACGAUGCUUUUACCGAACAUGCCAGUUGCUAAAACACCACUUUUCAACAUCAGAGCCUGAUUUACAGUGCCUUGCAAAAACAUUGACUCCUCUUGAACUUUUCUUAUUCUGUCAUGUCAAACCAAAUACUGUUAUUUCUAUGCAUUUUAUAAGAAUUUUAUGUGAUAGACCCACAGAAAGUAGUACAUGAUUAUAAAAUAAAGGAGAAAAGAUCAGGUUGGCCGGGCUACUCUAAUAUAUAAAUAUUUUGAUAUAUUAACUGAUCAAUUUUGACCAGCUCUGAAGAGAAUCCUCCACACAGCAUGAUGCUGCCAUCGCCAUGUUCCACUCUGGUGUGUUAAAGGUGAUGCGCUGUAUCAGUCUUCUAACACUGAACUUACUAAUCAGGUGAUUUCUAAAGGCAAUUAUGUAAUAUUUUAUGAAGUAACAGCAAUGAGGGUAAAUACCGUAAAGUUUUUAUUUGUAAAAUCUGUGUUGGUUUAGGAUUAAACUGUGUCGCAUAUACAAAUACCUUUAAUCCUUGCCUAAGCUGCAUUUUUUUUUUUUCGACUACAGACUGGGACCUUUUCAUUGUUUCUCCCCCCUUGAAUAUUUUUUAAAUUCUUUCUUUUGCUUUGUUGGUCUAUCUAUAAAAUACUAAUAAAAUACUACUUAUAGCAUUACAAAACAUGGAAAGUUCAAGAGGUUGAAAUUGGUUUAUAAGGAACAGUCAAUGCCAAGAAAGGUGUAAGAUGAAUAUAUAUAUAUCAAUAAAGUGUUUAAUUUACCAGUUUCUAAAGCCAAGUAGCAUAAAAGUAUACUUGCUCUGCACUUCCGUGUGAAUCACUAGAGCUUUUAUACACUUAGCUUUUUUUGAUUACAUGCCUAAAGAUCAAAUUGUUCCAGUAAUGUAUGCUAACUUUUGAAGCUAAAAUGAAAACAUGGAAAAACACGUUAACAUUCUUAAUAAAAGAAUU